AUGAAGACAGUAAUGACUGUGGUUGUGGCUGAGAGAUCGUCCCUCUCCUACGACGCCCGUGCACCCCACACAUCCUCGCCCAUUCAGCAGAUCCCAAUCAUCCGCGACGAGCGAGUCCAUCCUGCCGCUGAACUUACAGCUUUGACGUUGAGACUGGAGAUGGCAUCGUCAGGUAGGAGUCUGGCGGUCCAGGUGGCGCUCAACAGGGAACCGUUAGCUUCAUCUUUCCAGAUGGCCAAGUCUUCGAUCUCCAAUUCGUCGCGGAAGUUAACGGUUACCAACCUCAGUCGCCCUUCCUGCCCGCCGCCCCUGCAUUCCCCCACCCAAUCCCCGCCCACGCCCUCGAACAGAUCGAGCGUUGUUGAAUUGAACUCGAAGCUCGCGCCCGCGAAGAACAACGUGCAAGGCUCGCGAGCCACCAUCACUUCUUGCAGUCUGCACUACAAGUAUAUCGAUAGCAACAUGAAGACGCUGCUCUUGCCCUUGCUGGUGGCUGUGGCCGUGGCUGAGAGACCGCCUCUCUCCUACGACAUCCCUGCACCCCACACAUCCUCGCCCGUUCAGCAGAUCCCCAUCAUCCGCGACGAGCGAGUCCAUCCUGCCGCCGACGGCACUUACAGCUUUGACGUUGAGACUGGGGAUGGCAUCGUCAGGCAUGAGUCUGGCGGUCCAGGUGGCGCUCAACAGGGAACCGUCAGCUUCACCUUCCCAGAUGGCCAAGUCUUCGAUCUUCAGUUCGUCGCUGAUGUUAAUGGUUACCAACCUCAGUCACCCUUCCUGCCCGUCGCCCCUGCAUUCCCCCACCCAAUCCCUGCCCACGCCCUCGAACAGAUCGAGCGUGGUCGACUUCAACUCGAAGCUCGCGCCCGCGAAGAACAACGUCAGUCAUCAACCCAGGGACAAGUCAACCCCUCUCGCCAAUACGGUCAACCUCAGUAGUGCUCCCCCACUGAAUUUCAACGACAGUAUACUCUUCUUACCUUGCUAUUCCACUAUAUUUCAUUGCUUUCUUUGUUUAUCUAUCGCCCCACUAUGUGAAUGCCGUGCAUCGUUUCGCUAUACAUGUUAUAUUUGUUUAUAAAUAUAUAUGAAUUAAGAUU